AUGCCUGGCAGAUCUCACGACGAGGAGUCUGGCUCGGGAGAGUCAGAGUCCCUGCUUGGUCGAGGCCACAAGAGAGUUAAGCGCUUCUGGGAAGGCUUCGUCGACUUUGCGUUUCAAGAUGAUAUCCUCAAGAUUGCCGUUGGUUUGAUUCUUGCGGCCGCCUUCACAGACUUAGUAAAGUCUUUCGUGAGCGAUGUAUUAAUGCCACCUAUCUCGGUUCUCCUCCCACUCAACAGAAACAUGGAGGAAAAGUUUGCCGUUCUGCAAAAAGGACCAAACUUCAAUAAGACAACCGGCUACAACACCCUUCAUCAGGCCCAAGAGGACGGUGCCGUUGUCCUAGCAUAUGGAUCUUUUGUUGGCCAAAUGAUAUCCUUUCUUGUGCUGGGCAUCGCUCUCUAUGGACUCGCGCACUUGUGGCAGCUUGCUUCAUCUGAACCCAUCAUCAAGCACACAAAGAAGUGCAAGUACUGCAGACAGCGCAUCAACGAAAAGUCUAUUCGCUGCAUCCAGUGUACCAGUUGGCUUGAUGGGCGAGAGGACCGCAACUGA